CAGGUGUUGAGCGCGACUGAGGCGAACCAAACGGGCUUCGUCUUUGCGCCAUCCUCCGGGGAAGUGACAGUUUUAGAGUGCGUCUUCUGUCGUACGAACUCAGCUAGGAUGGCUGCCGACUCCACCAUGAGAUCUGAAGUUGAGGAGCUGCAGAGGAGGGCCAAUCAGGUGACAGAUGAGUCCCUAGACAUCACUAGAAACAUGAAGCUUCUGUUAGAGGAGAGUAAAGAUGCUGGAAUCAGGACACUUGUUAUGUUGGACGAGCAGGGAGAACAACUGGACCGCAUUGAUGAGGGCUUGGAUCAGAUCAACAAGGACAUGAAGGAGGCUGAGAAAAAUCUCACUGACAUGGCCAGGUGUUGCGGUCUCUGCAUCUGGCCAUGUAAAAAGCUAAAAGACUUUGAAGCAAGUGGGGCCUAUAAGAAGGUAUGGGGUAACAAUCAGGAUGGGGUGGUGUCUAGCCAGCCCUCUUCCCGAGUGGUGGAUGAGAGAGAGAAGAUGACGAUGAGCGGUGGAUAUAUUAGAAGAGUGACCAACGAUGCAAAGGAGGAUGAAAUGGAGGAAAACUUGGCCCAGGUAGGCAGUAUCAUUGGCAACUUAAGAAGCAUGGCACUUGACAUGGGCAAUGAAAUCGACACUCAGAAUGUCCAGAUUGAACGCAUACAGAGCAAGGCCAUGGUCAAUGAGUCCCGCAUCAAUGAGGCCAAUCAGAGGGCCACAAAGCUAAUACCAAGAUAAAGAAAUGGGAGAGAGUCCAUGAUUGGUUAAACUCGUUUACAGUUUUUUGUAGGAAAAUGUGCACACAAUAUGGUACAAAUUAUUAAGCCAUAUGUCUCUCUUAAAUGACUGUUUACAAAACUUGGAUUUCUGCCUAUUGAUUUGACUGUAAGUUAUUCAUUUAUGUUCUGAGAGCAUAGCUCUUUAAAAAAUGGAAUGAAUACUAAUAUACUAGUCUGCAUUAUCGUGUGCUGUAUUCGUAAUUUAGGCAUAUAUUGUAUGAAAAGCACUACUGUUAGGCUGCUAUCUUAUUCUUUUUACCAGGCCUGUGGAACAUGAGUGAUAACUAUUAACUUACAA